GCAUCGCUCGCACUGUAAUAAAAUCAAAGAUUCCCGUAUUCCACGAUUUAGCAUCGUAUCUCACCUCAUAAAACAAAACCACGUUACUUGCCAAGUCUCCGCUGCGAAGCAGCAGAGUGCAAUAUCGGCCGUGUAUGCUCUCCCUGUCACUCACUAUUUAUAACCGUCAUCCCUUGAAUGUCGGCACCGCAUAGACUACUCUGUAAUCUCUCUCACUCUUCCUUCAAAUCUAGAACCUUCUUUUUCCUUCCAUUCUCUCACCCUUACUUCACCCUAUCUCCCUCACUACUACCAAUGCCUCGCAAUCAGCGAAGUGGAGGUCACCGCGGUGAACCAAAAUGGAUUGCGAAACCAAAAACUGAACCGCGAGAACCGGUUAUUGGAGAUGCGGAAUCGGUUGAAACGGUUACUAACAAACUUUCUGGAUUUAUUAUUGGUGAAAAUAGCGGCGUUCAGAAUGGUAAUAAGGUUAGUUCUCAAGGUUCACAUGCGAUUUGGAAACCGAAAUCUUAUGGAACUGUUAGUGGAGGAGGCAGUGUGAGUGAAGUUGAAACCACACCGGUGGGGAAAGUGAAGGUUGAUGGUUCUUCAGGUCUUGGUGCUGAUGUGAAUUCAGUUAAGAAAAGUAGUGGUAGUGCUGGUUUGAGUAAGUUAUUUAGUGGUAAUUUGUUGGAGAAUUUUACUGUGGAUAACUCAACUUACGCACAUGCUAGAAUCAGAGCAACUUUCUAUCCCAAAUUUGAAAAUGAAAAGUCGGAUCAAGAGACAAGGUCAAGGAUGAUUGAGCUGGUAUCAAAAGGUUUAGUCACGUUAGAGGUUUCACUUAAACACUCUGGUUCUCUAUUUAUGUAUGCGGGUCAUGAGGGUGGAGCUUAUGCAAAAAACAGUUUCGGAAAUAUAUAUACUGCUGUUGGUGUAUUUGUUCUUGGGCGGAUGUUUCGGGAGGCUUGGGGAACUGAAGCUUCAAAAAAGCAGGCUGAAUUUAAUAAUUUUCUGGAGAGAAACCAUAUGUGCAUAUCAAUGGAAUUAGUAACUGCUGUUCUUGGAGACCAUGGGCAACGUCCUCAUGAAGAUUAUGUGGUGGUUACAGCAGUCACUGAAUUGGGCAACGGAAAGCCAAAGUUCUAUUCAACUCCCGAGAUAAUCGCUUUUUGCAGAAAAUGGCGAUUACCAACAAAUUAUGUUUGGUUGUUCUCAACAAGAAAAUCUGCCUCUUCCUUCUUUGCUGCCUUCGAUGCCUUAUGUGAGGAAGGUACUGCAACUUUGGUAUGCAAGACUCUUGAUGAAAUUGCAGAUGUAUCUGUACCAGGCUCAAAAGACCAUGUGAAAGCCCAAGGUGAAAUUUUAGAGGGUCUUGUGGCCCGUCUUGUGAGCCAUGAGAGUUCAAACCAUAUAGAGAAAAUUUUGAAGGAAUAUCCCCCUCCACCUGCUGAUGGAGUUGCCCUUGAUCUCGGACCAAGUCUAAGGGAAAUUUGUGCUGCAAAUAGAUCUGAUGAAAAACAGCAAAUGAAGGCGCUUCUUGAGAGGGUUGGUAGCUCUUUUUGUCCUGACUAUACAGAUUGGUUUGGGACUGAUACUGCUGAUAUUCAUUCAAGAAAUGCAGACAGAUCUGUUCUUUCAAAAUUUUUACAAGCCAAUCCGGCGGACUAUUCAACAAAAAAAUUGCAGGAAAUUGUUCGGUUGAUGAGGGAAAAACGCUUACCUGCUGCAUUCAAAUGUUAUCAUAACUUUCACAAAGUUGAUGCCAUAUCGAAUGACGAUCUUUUCUACAAAAUGGUCAUUCAUGUGCACAGUGAUUCUGCUUUUCGGAGAUACCAAAAAGAGAUGAGGCAAAAACAAGGAUUAUGGCCACUUUACCGAGGAUUUUUUGUUGAUAUCAAUUUAUUCAAGGCAGACAAGGACAAAGUCGCUGAAAUUUCUAAAAACAACGGUAUAAAGGAAAGUAGUAGCACGUGUACUGAAAAAGAUGACUUUGCCGACGAAGAUGCAAAUUUAAUGGUCAAAUUGAAGUUUCUUACAUAUAAGUUGCGAACCUUUCUCAUUCGAAAUGGCUUGUCAGUUCUGUUUAAAGAAGGUCCAGGUGCUUACAAGGCUUAUUACCUGAGACAAAUGAAACUAUGGGGAACCUCUCUCGGAAAGCAGAGAGAACUUAGUAAGAUGCUUGAUGAAUGGGCUGUGUAUAUACGAAGAAAGUGUGGAAAUAAGCAACUUUCAUCAUCAAUAUAUCUUAGUGAAGCUGAACCUUUCCUUGAACAGUUCGCAAAACGUAGUCCACAAAACCAAGCUCUGAUAGGUUCUGCUGGUAGUUUAGUUAGGACAGAAGAUUUCUUGGCCAUUGUAGAGGGAGGCCAUGAUGAAGAAGGUGAUCUUGUAUCUGAGCGGGAUCUAGCACCAUCAGAGCCUAAUAUUUCAGUCAAAGACACAGUUCCAAAAGAUGAAGGGAUGAUUGUAUUUUUUCCCGGAAUACCAGGCUGUGCUAAGUCUGCCCUUUGUAAAGAAUUGCUAAAUGCCCAAGGAGGUCUAUUAGGGGAUGAUCGACCAGUUCAUAGUCUCAUGGGUGAUCUGAUUAAAGGAAAAUAUUGGCAGAAAGUGGCUGAAGAACGCAGAAAGAAACCAAAGUCCAUUAUGCUUGCUGACAAGAAUGCCCCAAAUGAAGAAGUUUGGAGACAGAUUGAAGACAUGUGUAACAGAACCAGGGCUUCUGCUGUCCCAGUUGUGCCUGAAUCUGAAGGAACUGAUUCAAAUCCAUUUUCCCUUGAUGCAUUAUCUGUAUUCAUAUUUCGUGUGCUUCAACGAGUCAAUCAUCCAGGAAAUCUUGACAAGGCAUCUCCAAAUGCUGGCUAUGUGCUGCUAAUGUUCUAUCACCUUUAUGAUGGCAAGAGCCGCGGAGAAUUUGAGGGUGAGUUAAUUGAGCGUUUUGGGUCACUUGUGAAGAUGCCAUUAUUGAAAUCUGACAGGAAUCCCCUUCCUGAGGCAGUGCAAUGUAUUUUGGAGGAAGGAAUCGAUUUGUAUAAGCUUCACACUAAAAGACAUGGAAGGUUAGAAUCGACCAAGGGUACGUACGCAAAGGAAUGGAUGAAAUGGGAGAAACAAUUACGGGAUAUUCUUUCUGGAAAUGCUGAUUAUUUUAAUUCAAUUCAGGUUCCAUUUGAGUUAGCUGUCAAGCAAGUGUUGGAACAACUGAGAAACAUUGCUAAGGGAGAUUACACUGCUCCAGAUACUGCUGAAAAGAGGAAGUUUGGUACCAUUGUUUUUGCUGCUCUCAGUCUUCCAGUUAUAGAAAUUCAAGGUGUCCUAAAUAAUUUGGCCAAGAAUAAUCCGAAGAUUGACACAUUCCUUAAAGAUAAGCAUUUAGAGAAUCUUAAUCGAGCUCACUUGACUCUUGCCCACAAGAGAAGUCAUGGCAUCAAAGCUGUCGCUGAUUAUGGUCUGUGGCUACAUAAAAUGGUACCAGUGGAGUUGACGGCACUGCUCUUCUCAGAUAAAAUGGCUGCGUUUGAAGCUUGUCCUGGCUCAGUGGAAGGUGAGAAGAUAGUUCCGAAAAAUACAUGGCCCCAUGUUACCUUGUGGACUAGUAAAGGGGUUGUAGCAAAGGAAGCCAACAUGUUACCGCAGUUGUUUGCAGAGGGAAAAGCAAAUCGGAUCGACUUCAAUCCUCCCAUCAGUAUAUCUGGCACGGUCGAGUUUUAUUGAGUUAUUUUUUUCUGCUCGUCAUUGUAAAAUAUUUACAAGAUCACUUGCUCAUCACGGUGAGUAGAGUAACAACCCAUAUCUAGAGAAAGUUUUGUAGGAGCCAGCAUUUUCUCUUUCCUGAGGAAUAAUUGUAUAUAAGCUGAGUCUGAUUUAAGGUGUAUCAUGGCCUGGUUUUUACCAUGAACCCUACUUGUUCUCUCUGUUCAGUUCAA